GAGGGUUUAUUUCGGGGGGGGUUGUUUUCAUUCGCGUUUUUCUCUCGUGCUCGGUCCCGCGGCAGCCCGGGUGAAUGGCCCGCGGUGGGUGCAGCUGGCCUGGCAAGGGGAAGAUGCUGGCGGCGGGGCUGCUGGCCGGCCUCUCGGUGCUCAGCAUCCUGGCUUACGGCUACCUAUCCUGGGACAGCCUCGGCCCCGGGGAGGCGGAGGCCAGCAGCACCGGGACGGGAGAGCAGCCGGGGGCCUCGCAGCCUCACAUCGUCUUCAUCCUGGCUGACGACCAGGGAUUCAGAGACGUAGGGUACCACGGAUCGGAAAUCAGGACGCCCACUCUGGACAAGCUAGCUGCUGAAGGGGUUAAACUGGAGAACUAUUAUGUUCAGCCUAUGUGCACACCAUCCAGAAGCCAAUUUAUCACUGGAAAGUACCAGAUACACACCGGCCUUCAGCACUCCAUCAUACGGCCAACGCAGCCCAACUGCUUACCUCUGGAUAACGUCACGCUACCUCAGAAGCUGAAGGAGGUUGGUUAUUCAACACACAUGGUUGGCAAAUGGCACUUGGGGUUUUAUCGCAGAGAAUGCAUGCCCACACAGAGGGGAUUUGACACUUUCUUCGGCUCACUCUUAGGCAGCGGCGACUAUUACACUCACUUCAAAUGUGACAGCCCAGGGAUAUGUGGCUAUGACCUGUACGAGAACGACAACGCAGCUUGGGACCACGACAAUGGCAUCUACUCGACGCAGAUGUACACACAAAAAGUACAACAAAUCUUAGCUUCUCAUAACCCCAGGAAACCUAUAUUCUUAUAUAUUGCUUACCAGGCUGUUCAUUCGCCUCUUCAGGCACCAGGCAAGUAUUUUGAACAUUAUCGAUCGAUAAAUAACAUCAACAGGCGAAGAUAUGCUGCGAUGCUAGCUUGUUUGGAUGAAGCCAUAAACAACGUAACGCUUGCUUUAAAGAAGUACGGUUACUAUGAGAACAGCAUUAUUAUAUAUUCUUCAGAUAAUGGCGGUCAGCCGACAGCUGGGGGAAGUAAUUGGCCUCUCCGAGGAAGCAAAGGGACCUAUUGGGAAGGAGGUAUCCGUGCUGUUGGGUUUGUCCAUAGCCCCCUUCUGAAAAACAAAGGGUCUGUGUGCAAGGAGCUUGUGCACAUCACAGACUGGUUCCCCACUUUGAUCACACUGGCAGAAGGGCAGAUCGAUGAAGAUAUCCAGCUGGAUGGCUAUGAUAUAUGGGAAACCAUCAGCGAGGGCAGGCGUUCUCCACGGGUGGACAUCUUACACAACAUUGACCCAAUUUACACCAAAGCCAAAAAUGGGUCCUGGGCAGCUGGCUACGGGAUCUGGAACACUGCGAUUCAAUCCGCCAUCAGAGUGAAUCAUUGGAAACUACUGACUGGAAAUCCAGGAUUUAGCGACUGGGUACCUCCGCAAGCCUUCAGUAACGCAGGCCCCAACCGCUGGCACAAUGAACGCGUUUCGUGGUCAGCUGGCAAGACAGUGUGGCUUUUCAACAUAACUGCUGAUCCGUAUGAACGAGUGGACCUCUCUGCAAGGUAUCCAGAUGUAGUCAAGCAGUUGCUGCGGAGGCUUUCACAGUUCAAUAAGACAGCGGUUCCUGUUCGAUACCCACCUAAGGACCCUCGGAGUAAUCCAAAGCUGAACGGAGGAGUCUGGGGCCCGUGGUUUAAGGAAGAUGACAAGAAAAGCAAAUCAGAUAAAAGUAAAGGUGCAAAUAAGCAAAAGAAGAACAAGAACAAGAAAAAAGCAAAUCGGAAAAAAGGGCAAUCAUUACAUUGCCGUUCACGUCUUGCAGGUGGAUAGACUCUAAGCACACUCUUUUACCACGUCUAAGUCAGUUUGGCCCAACUUGAACUUCUCACAGAACAUACUAGAAAUGCUAGCUCUGCACUAAGGAUGGAAGUCGUCACCUUUUAAUUCUGUCUCUGAUUUCACCAGUACAAAAUAUCUCAACACUCUGUCUUGAGUGUAUGUAAACAAUGACAUGACAAACUUUCUCCUCUACGGAAUGAAUGGUGCUCACCCAUCACAGCUACAUUCCAGAUAACAAGGGCAGUAACACCUGAUUGCAGUAAACUCUGUUUUGAUGCACAAAUGGUGGUUCCUUGCCUAUACUAGUUGGAAUAUUUGGAGAGUAUGGAGGUGUUAAUGGCAGAUGUUCUCAAACUUGACCGAUGAUUCAUAGAGAGAAAGGACAAACAAAACUUGAGAACCUCAGCGGGUCAGAAAGUGUCAGUCACCAACCUAUGAUAUUUUUGGAUACGACACAGCAAAAACAUGAAGCCAUCAGAGUAAUUUUUCAGAGGUGCCGGGGAGGGAGGUGUAAUAGGAGUAAAGCUGCUUUGAAUUAGACUUUGUCUGUCUUGCAUAAAUCAGAAAUACUUUAAAAAUCUCCCAGAUGUGCUAAGCUCCCCCCAUUUGUAGUAAAACCAGAAGGCUGAUCUUCAACAUGUGAACAGGUAGCACACACCAUGUAUAAUUUAUUAAAGGCAGAGACAAAAAGACAUCACCAAAGUGAAUGUAAUAUUUAAACACUUUAAGAUAACUAUACAAAAAAAUGAAAAAGACCUAAUUUAUUUUACAGCACAAUACUUAUUUCUCUUCCAUUAAAACGGUAGUGGGUGAUGCGAGGUCCCCCUUUGGGUGCUAGGGUGGUUUGGGGUUUUUUUUUUCCCUUUGAUUUUUAAUUUUAUUUCCAGUCAUUCAUUCAGAGUUUUAUUUAACAGAUCCGUAUCCUGAGAGUACUGUAAAACGAGAAAAUACUGUAUACACUGCUAGGAUGAGAAACGAGAAUGAUUCAGGUGCAUCAUUUCAUUAUGUGUUUGCUUCCAAGUAUUUUGAAUGUAACAAAGUGAUUAUUUAAUUUAGUGGUCACAUUAAUAUUGUUCAGUUUCUGUACAGAAGCUAGGCCAUCUUUAUGUCUGGGGGGAAAAUUCUACUUUAAACCCUUUUAUUUAUGUAUCUAUUAAAAUAGUUUAUUUUUAUGGCACUCAUAAAAGUGGUCUGCCUCUUUUAUGCAUCAAAGAUAGAAAUGCUGUCCUUAUUUAUUUUAAGCAAACUCAGUAAGCUGUUUUAUUGCUAUUGUUUUUGGUGCACGGAUGAUUUUAUAACAUUUUGCUUCUGAAACAGAAUUUCUUCUUCCAAUAUGUCUAAUUUGAGACAUGGUUCAAAUCUUGCCCUUUUCCAAGGUGUCUGCAUGGAUGAUUAAUGGAUGUUCUGACUGCAUAUUCUUGGUGAUCUGUGGUAACUGAUACAGUACAUACGCAGAUAUGAGUUUCAAGAUUAAUUAUGUUAAGUAAAAUUGAUGAUUCAUUUGUUAAUUAGCUAGGACUUUUAAAAUAAUGUAAAAUUUGAAAUAAGCAUGCUUUUUAGUUUCAUCUCCCUUGACUCAGAAAUCACAUUUAUAUAAAUGGCUUACAGUUGAAAAAUCAAACA